AUGGUCUUGGGGGAUUUCAGUCUCGAUGGGAAACUUGCCGUGAUAACGGGCGCGGGCUCAGGGAUCAACCUCGAGUUUGCGAAACUCUGCCAGAAAAGCGGCUGUCGAGUGUUGGCAGCAGAUAUUCGAUCUACACCGGAACUGGAGGAAUGGUUACAAGAGGUGAAAGGAGCAGAAUGCAAAGUCGUCUAUCAGGAGACAGAUGUAGCACAAUGGGAUCAGCUGAAAGCCUUGGCCAGAGUGUCAGAACAGGCAUUUGGCGAGAUUCCUGACGUAUUCGUUGCUGGUGCUGGAAUAUUCGAAGCAAGAGGGCCGUCUAAUUUCUGGGAGGACCUCGAAGACGACAGAUACCGCUUGCUCGACAUCAACGUCGGGCACGCCAUCCAAUUCACCCGCAUCGGGAUCCGCGAGCUUCUUCGGCACAAGAAGAAGGGCGUCAUCAUGAUCGUGGGCUCGCUAGCGGGAUAUACGCCCAACUUCACCGCUCCGCUAUAUGUGGCUUCAAAGCACGCCGUCACCGGCUUCACGCGGUCAAUGGCAGACUUGGACGAGAUUGCCGAUAUCAAAGUGGUCGCGUGUGCUCCAGGUAUGGUAUAUACGAGGAUAUGGACCGACGCGCCCCGAGCCAUGCAGGAAUAUGGCAUCACAAAAGACGUCUGCGCUCUGCCGGACGAGAUUGCCCUCGGAAUGAAAUCCUUGGUGGAAUCAAGCCAGUGGCCAGCGGGGACUGUCUUGGAGGUUGUCAAGGGACAGCAAUGGAGGAAUGUUCCUGCUUUUAACGCUGAGCCGCCUGCCGGAGCUGGUACUAAGCCAGAGCAGAACGACGUAGAGAGACGCAUCCUGGCUCUGUUGGAGAAAGAAAAGGUCGAAUGA